GUUAUUUUCAUUUAAUUUCACAUGGGGGUAAGUUACACUCGAUUGACAACGGACCCACUAUGUAUAACGAAAUUAUUAUAGUGGUUUUUUUUCUGUCUAUAUAGUAUUACUCUCUAAUGUUUCCUUUUUCUUUAGACUAAAGUAAUUUGCAAGAAUAUUUAUAGCAGCCCACUUCAGACCGCAACCUACAGCUUUAACACUACUCUCUCUCUCUCUCAAAUGGGAAAACAAAUCAACAUAGAGAGUAGUGCUACUCAUCAUCAAGACAAUAUUGUUUCCGUUAUAACAGCCACGAUAUCCUCCUCCUCCGUCGUAACGUCUUCGUCAGACUCUUGGUCUACCUCCAAAAGAUCGUUAGUGCAAGACAAUGACUCCGGAGGGAAACGGCGGAAGAGCAACGUUAGUGAUGAUAACAAGAAUCCGACGUCGUAUAGAGGAGUGAGGAUGAGGAGUUGGGGAAAAUGGGUGUCGGAGAUUAGAGAGCCGAGGAAGAAAUCAAGAAUAUGGCUUGGCACUUAUCCAACGGCAGAGAUGGCAGCUCGUGCUCAUGAUGUGGCGGCUUUAGCUAUUAAAGGCAACUCCGGUUUUCUUAAUUUCCCUGAAUUAUCCGGUUUGCUUCCUCGUCCGGUUAGCUGCUCUCCUAAGGAUAUACAAGCUGCAGCUACCAAAGCCGCCGAAGCAACCACGUGGCACAAACCGGUUAUCGAUAAGAAAUUAGCUGAUGAGCUAAGCCACUCUGAGUUGUUGUCUACCGCUCAGUCUUCGACUUCUAGUAGUUUCGUGUUUUCUUCGGACACGUCGGAGACUUCUAGUACGGACAAGGAAAGCAACGAAGAGACGGUGUUUGAUUUGCCGGACCUUUUCACGGACGGGCUUAUGAACCCAAACGAUGCGUUUUGUUUAUGCAACGGCACCUUUACGUGGCAGCUUUACGGAGAGGAGGAUGUAGGGUUCAGGUUUGAAGAGCCGUUUAAUUGGCAAAAUGACUAAACCGCCCUCCACUUGCUUACUGUAAUUACUAACAUAUAAUUUUCUUGAUAAAGAACAUAUAUUUCCAUUACGGUAUUAACUAAUCUUUUCUAUCCUUUUCUCUUUUCUUGUUUCUACAUCUGAGUAUAUUGUCACUAUGUGAAAAAAUUGAUCUCGUUUUG